ACAGACUGUAUGUGAAAAAAAGGUGGACGCAAUCAUUCGGCUGUCAUAAACUGGAAUAAAAAAAAACCACAUGGAUUGCUGUUUUGCCAAUCAAUAUGAGAGUUCUCAAAUUAGGGAGACAAUCUCAAAUGUCUCUAGUCCAGAAAUGUUCGAUAGUGAUACUGAAAGUGAUAUAUAUAACAAAAACGUUGAGACACAAGUAACCGACAAUAAUACAUUGGCAGUGAUUUCUCCUCAAAUGCCUACUCAGGCUGAAUUGAUUGCAAAAUCUGAUAAUUAUAUGCUAGUUAGGAUUAAUAAGUUUUUGAGUGGUGUCCCACCACCACCUAGACAUACGACAUGUCAAAGUGAUUGUUCUGAUUUUUUACGACACAUUUAUGAAAAUCGUCGAUUGUUUUAUAUUGGAUGUCCAUUACCCAAUGAAAGUUCAGAAAUUGCAGAAAGCACAAAGCUCCAGCAACAGAAGAGACCCACAGAAACUAACGAUAAGAAUGUUUCGUAUCAAUGUACAAAAGGUACUCCAAGGAAUUUGACUAAUGCUUUUAAUUUGACAGCUGAUAGUAUCGAAAAUACACAAUUAAACAUAAACAAUAGUGGUAGUCAUAAUUUGAACAUACAAUGUGAUGUUUCUAAGGAGAUAAAAAAUCCAGUUAAUAUGAUUAAAGAAACAAUUGAAGUUGUACCAGUCGCAGACAAGUCAGAUGUAUCCCAUGAGCAUUCUCCUGUUCUUUAUCAUACGAUUAGUGAAGAAGGAGCUAAAGCUUUAGCAUGGCCUCAGGCUUAUUAUCAUAAGUUUCAUGGCAUACAUUAUAACAGAAGCAGAACUGUAGAGGAGUUUGAAAAUUCAACAGUUAAAUUAUGUGAAAGAUACAUAGGAGCUGAAACACAAUCUUCUUGUAACAUAUGGUUUUCCAAACCACCGGGAAGUAUAAGAAAGCGAAGUUUAUUAAUGAAACGCAGAAAUGGUCAAAGUCCAGAAAAGAGAUUGACACAUUUAACCAAAAGACGUAGGACUUUUUGUAGCGCUAACUUGAAAGGAUUGGGACUUGCUGAUAAAAGGCAGUUAAUGAUACCAAUUAAGAAACUUACACAUAAAAAAGGAAAAAGUCCUAGAGGUAAAAGUCUACAUGGUAAAAGUCCAAGAGGUAGGAGUCCUCGAGGUAAAAGUCCAAUAAGUUCAGCAAAGAAGAAAGUAGUUCGGAGAUUAAUGCUAGAUGAGUCAAGUCCAUGUAAAUCCAAAUUAGAAACUUCGAAACGUGCGUUGUUCCAAAGUCCUCCAUCAGAUCAUGCUGGUCCCAGCAAAUUAUUAGGUACAAAUAAUAUAGAUACUCAAAAAAUUAAACGUGUUUUAUUUUCAACUUCGAAAAAGAACGAAUCUGUAGAUGCAAAACAAACUUCUUCAAGAGAAGAAAGUAGAAAAAGAAAAUGUGAUGAAGAAUUGCAAGGACCAAGAUUGAAAUGGGCAAAAAGUUUAUCGUUUGAUUGUAUGCAUGAAAUAAAAAAUACGUCGAAGGUUAUAUGGGAUAGACAUUCAUCGAGCAGUAUUCUUUCGAAAAAUGAAACAUCUGUCAAUGAAGGAAAGAAUGAAUUAAGCGAUACUCAUAGAAAGAAAUUACUUUGGGCAGUUGCAGAGGCCCUGCGAAGCAAAGGCAUUGGUAUGAGUCAUCCGAAAUUUAAACAAUAUGCCGCGAACUUGGCACGCACAAUCAAAAAAUUUAUGCCUGAUCUUGAAAAUAGAAAUAUUCCACGAAAACCUGGAAGUACAAGCGAUCGCAUGUUAAAAUUAGCCAAGCAUCAUGUACUGUUUCUUAUGGAUACUAGGCCAAUAAAUUGACAGUACCCAUUAGUAAAAUUAGUAAAAUUCUGGAAGUUUUAUAAAAAAAAGUUUGAUUUUUAGCAAACACAGGAUAUUGUUAAAAUGACCAAAUAUUAUGGGGGUGCUUAUACAUUACCUUUAGCCGAUGUGUGUUAUGCUAUGAUUUUUAUAUAACUUAAUAUAAUAUAAGAUAAAUGUGUUACAGUAAUGAGAUAAGAUUAAAAAAUAGGAAUGUGUAUAUUGUUACACCCACAUACAGGGUAUUGAACAUUUUUUAUCACAUAAAUAAAAAUGUGUUUUUAAUACAAGCACAAUUUUAUUAGCUUUAAAAUAGUUAUAUUUCACAACUUAUAAAUAAUUAAUAAAAGGCGUUUUUCUGAAGUAAAACGCCAUUUGCAAUAACUUUACGCAUACAUCAAUCGUAUCUAACAUAUGUUUGUAUUUAAGACAGUGAAGGACAAGUAAAAAAAUAAAGACUAAUCGCGCCACAACCGCGAUACCUCAUUUUC